AUAAAAGUUUUAUAAACAAAGAAGAGUGGGCGCGCGAAGCCAAGGGCAAAAACUCAACGAAAAACUCCCUUAAUCAAGCCCUAGAAAUCACACAGCUUCUCUCUUAUCUCAACCAUGGCGAUUGCUCGUACAGGAGUAUACGUCGAUGACUAUUUGGAAUACGCCAGCACAUUGCCUGCUGAACUUCAGAGGCUACUCAAUACAAUCAGAGAACUCGAUGAUCGAUCGCAGUCCAUGAUUGAUCAGACGCGGCAGCAAACCAAAUAUUGCUUGGGAUUGUCGACGCAGAGUUCGAAGAAAGGAUAUGGUAAUAGUAAUACUGACGAUGAGGAGUCUGCUUUUGAGAAACUGCGGAAGGAUAUUGAGGCUAAUCAGGAUAACGCGUUGAGUUUGUGUACUGAAAAGGUCUUGUUGGCACGUCAAGCAGGCGACCUGAUAGAUAGCCAUAUUAAACGACUUGAUGAGGAUCUAAACAACUUUGCAGAAGAUCUGAAACAAGAGGGAAAAAUUUCACCAGACGAACCGGCAAUUCUUCCACCAUUGCCACUAGUUUCGAAGAAUGAAAGACGUCGACCAGUAUUUAUAACACCUCAAUCUAAGAGGCCGGAUUACAGGGACCGAGAUUGGGAUAGGGAGCGUGAUCGAGAUUUUGAGCUCAUGCCUCCUCCAGGAAGCCAUAAGAAGGACUUUGCACCUUCACUCGAUGUGGAUCAGCCCAUUGAUCCAAAUGAACCAACGUAUUGCAUUUGCCAUCAGGUGUCAUUUGGAGAUAUGAUUGCUUGUGACAAUGAGAAUUGUCAAGGAGGUGAAUGGUUUCAUUAUUCCUGCGUUGGACUGACACCAGAAACAAGAUUUAAAGGAAAGUGGUAUUGUCCAACCUGCAGAGACGUAUCGCCAAGUCAAUAACAUACGCUUUCUUUUCCUUUCAUUUUGACUUUUCUCUCAAUCCCCAAACAAAUUGGCUUGUAAUUGUACCGUGUAACAAUGGUAGUCUAGUAACCAACCUAGACGUAGGCCAAUUGGUUGAUCAUUGAUUAAAGUAUAUAUUCUCUCGAUCAAGCAAUCAGAAGUUUGAAUUUUCCCACUUCACACUUAUAGUGCAUUUGAAUGAUUUUUUCAUUCAUUUAGCUUAGGCGUCGAUUCAUCAACCUUUGUUUUGACAUUCCUCUAAAACUAAAAUUGGCUUGUAAUUGUUAUGUGUAAUACGGUGGUAGGGUUGUUAGCCAACUGAACAUAGGUCUACCGAUGGAGUUCUAGUUAGGGUAUAUACUCUCUUGUUCGAGAGGUUAGAAGUUUGAAAUGAAGAGGGGUUAGAAGUUUGAAAUCUUCCCACCUCAAGUGUGUUUAAACUUCAAAAAAUAAAAAGGCCAAUGGCAUUGUAGUGGCAAAUGAAUUCUUGAGUCA